GCGGGAGCUGGGGAGGGACAUUCGGAGCCGAAGCUCAGGGGGCUCUGUGUGGCCGGAGAGGGCACUUUCCAUCGAGCAGGUGCGUGUGGCCUGUGCGGACCACGGCGGGCCUGCAGGGGGCCCGUCCCCGACGUGUGCCGCGGCCUUCAUACCAGUUGCUACAAAAAUCCACUCAGUGGCCAAAUACCCGCCACUUACAUGGACUUGUUAAGGGAGGAUUCACCUCGCACGGCUGAGGGGGUGACUGGAAGCUGAGUGUGCGCUCUCAGGGGGAGAAAAGCACAUUGCUUUAAAACUAAACUGUAUGGAACUAUGUCUCCAGAAAGCUCCUAAAAAUUAAUGUCACAAAUUUAUGAUAGGGCAGGAGCCGGAAGCAAAUGGGACUUUCAGCACCUUCAUAACACAGUAGGUAUUGCCAUCAGGGAGUCGGCAAAGGUAGUUGACCAAGCCCAGAGGAGGGUGUUGAGAGGAGUCGAUGACCUGGACUUUUUCAUAGGGGACGAGGCCAUAGAUAAGCCCACAUAUGCCACAAAGUGGCCAAUAAGACAUGGAAUAAUUGAAGACUGGGAUCUAAUGGAAAGGUUCAUGGAACAAGUGAUUUUUAAAUACCUUCGAGCUGAACCUGAGGAUCAUUACUUUUUAAUGACAGAGCCUCCACUGAAUACACCAGAAAAUAGAGAAUAUCUUGCAGAAAUUAUGUUUGAAUCAUUUAACGUGCCAGGACUCUACAUUGCAGUUCAGGCGGUGCUGGCCUUGGCUGCAUCUUGGACGUCUCGGCAAGUUGGCGAACGCACGCUAACAGGGAUCGUCAUCGACAGCGGGGACGGGGUCACUCACGCCAUCCCAGUGGCAGAAGGUUAUGUAAUUGGAAGCUGCAUCAAACACAUCCCGAUUGCAGGUAGAGAUAUUACCUAUUUCAUUCAGCAGCUGCUAAGGGAGAGGGAGGUGGGAAUCCCUCCCGAGCAGUCAUUGGAGACCGCAAAAGCCAUCAAGGAGAAAUACUGUUACAUUUGCCCGGACAUAGUCAAGGAAUUUGCCAAGUAUGACGUGGAUCCCCGGAAGUGGAUCAAGCAGUACACGGGCAUUAAUGCGAUCAACCAGAAGAAGUUCGUUAUAGACGUUGGCUACGAAAGAUUCCUGGGGCCUGAAAUUUUCUUUCACCCAGAGUUUGCCAACCCAGACUUUAUGGAGUCCAUCUCGGAUGUCGUUGAUGAAGUAAUACAGAACUGCCCCAUCGACGUGCGCCGCCCGCUGUAUAAGAACGUCGUUCUCUCAGGAGGCUCCACAAUGUUCAGGGACUUCGGACGUCGACUGCAGAGAGAUUUAAAACGAGUGGUCGAUGCCAGGCUGAGACUCAGCGAAGAGCUCAGCGGUGGCCGGAUCAAGGUAGGAGGCGUCUCCGGGCCCCGAGCGCGCCUGGCUGUGCCCCCUCCCACAGAGCCCGAGGAGCCGGCCGGCCGGCUGGGGAGCCCGCGCCAGGGUUCAAGUCCCUUCCCCAGCCGCACCGUGAGAUCACGCUCGAGGGUCGCUGAUGCCGAACUCAUCCCAAGAGUGUCGUUAAGGCUGGUGUCCCUACUGGGGUGGCACCAACCACUUCGUGACCCACCCCUGCCGGCGCUUUCUCUGUGAUGACCAGGAUCUACGGGGUUGGGACCAGUUGACAGUGAGGGUCUUUUAUGUUUUUUUGGAGGUGUUCUCACGAAACUAAAGUAAGCACCCUUAGCGGGAGUCUCAGUGUGUUACCCGAAGGUAAUCGUCGACGAGCUGCUGAGUUUCCCUGGGCUUCUGGGCAGGGCUGGGCCUCGGUGUAGACGGGACCAAAUGCACACCCUCUGGCCUGGUGGAGUGACUGGUGGCAGAUCUCUCACGGUGUUUUCGGGACGCGUGGCAUUAGUUCUGUGACGCUGAAACAUCUAAUUUGUUUAGUAAAAAAAAAAAAUCAACUGGGUUAGUUGCUUGGAUUUCUUACUGUUUCAAACGCCUUUAGUUUCGUGAAAGAUAACCCUUCCUUGAUGUGGGCGCUUUGUUCUCUGUACCAUCCCCGCUGGGGGCUGGGGCUGGGGGCUGGGGGCUGGGUGCGUUUGGCCGAGACCCUUCCUGUCAGAGGCUGUGCGUGGCCGAUGCCACCACCGAGGCACUAGAACAUCGGGGAUGGGCCUCGAGCUGUCAGCUGGGAGGAGGCCCCUCGACGGUCAGCACUCAGGGCGGAGCUGUCCUCUUGCCUGCUGAGCGGUUGCUGGGUGACCAGUCGACCGCCCUGGCGACUCAACGUCCCUUACUCUCUUUCGCAGCCUAAGCCCGUGGAGGUUCAGGUGAUAACGCAUCAUAUGCAGCGCUAUGCGGUGUGGUUUGGAGGCUCGAUGCUGGCCUCAACUGUAAGUCCUUUUCUAGAUUGUUGUCUGUUUUCAUUUCUGCAUUUUCUGUCGAGUUGGG